CACGUCGACGACGCGACGGUCUGGAAAUUUUGACAGCGUGCUGGUGCCGGGCGUUGAACCAUGAACUGUACCAAAAUGUUACCAUCUGAUGCACAUGGAUGAGUGCCGAGUACGAGGAAGAACGAUUUAGUCUUUGACUCAAAUUCAGUCAAGUUUGGACCAAGCUGCUGCGGAGAUAAACUUUCCCAAGUUCUUCAAUGUGCAGUUAGCUCACUCAGUAUGUACUGAGGAGCUUGGCUGUUUAUAGUGCAUGGAGCUCAACUGGAACUGCAUAAACAUACAGUAUUGAAUAUGGUAGACUAUGUUUGUGGUACCAUCAGAACAAGCCCCAUCUUGUCAAAACUGAAGUCCAUCAUGUUGGCAUCCUUUUGCUUGCUUCUGCUGUUCCUGACUCCCCUGUGCAACUCCAAGACAGUCCGUGGGAAGUUUGACCCAGCAAGCGCAGCGACGAGCCACGGGCAGUACAUCGGCAAGUUCUGCUUUUCAGGCCAAAAUGGCAGAAUAGAGCACAUCCGUCCGGACGACUCGCCAUUCUCCGGCAAGCUGUUCCUGUUCACGGCCGAGCAGUGGGACCAAGGCUUGAUGAAGAGAACGGAAGAGGGAAGCAUAGACUGCGCGGGCAGGCUGGCAGUGGCUGAACAUGUCGUUACGCUUACCAGCAAAGCCGGUAACCACACCCUCAAGGACCUGAAGAAGCCCAUAGUGUUACACGCCCUCUACGCAGACAUGUACACUUGCAGCAAGGCUCCGCCCCCCACCCAGCUGACCACGACGGACUUCGUCUUGCAUUUCUUCAAUCCUGAUUCCCACGGGGAGACAGUGAACCAUUUCAGCUGUGAGGAAACAGGUCUUCUCGGUUUUUACGAGUUACUAACACUGAUUUACUUUGUUCUUGGAUGCAUCUGGGCACCUAGAUUGUACGCAAAUAUCGCCAAGCGGGGUCCAAUGCAUGAUGUGUUAGUGAUGCUCACUACAGUACUGUGCCUGCAAGCUGUAGGCUCCCUAUGCAUGUUCAUUCACUUGUAUGGCUACUCCACAGACGGCCAAGGCUCCCCGCUCAUGGAGAACGUCUCAGAGCUGGCAGACAUUGCAGCCCAGUUUGAGAUGCUGUACAUGAUGUUGAGUCUGUCGUUGGGUUGGACCCUCGGUUCAGCCAAGACGCAAGUCAAAUCCCAGAUAUGGAAGAGCUCACCCUUGGCCAAAGUUGCAGCCGGCAUGGCCAUUACACAGGGUGUACUGAUCCUUUGGGAGCAGAUAUGGUACUACGACCACAGCCCAUACCAUGCCCAUCAGAGCCUGACAGGCCUACUGAUCCUAGUCCUGAGGGUAGCCCUGGCCCUGCUCUUUGCCCACACCCUGCAGCAAGUCCUGCCUAAUGAGAGAAGUGCCAUGCGAAGGGAAUUCUACAGUAACUUUGCUAAGUUCUGCUUCCUGUGGUUCUUUGCCUACCCGGUUCUGGUUCUAACAUCACUUGUUUUAGCUCAGCACUUCCGAAGAAAGGUUGUGAAUAUAGGAGCUGUGACGGCCCAGACAGUAGCCGUGGUCCUUCUGUACCGGCUGUUCCUAUCCCGGAGCCUGUACUGGGAGGUAUCCGCCCUGUCCUCUGCAACCCUACCACUGCGAAUGGACAAGAAAAACCUCAGCAUUAAGCUCAGCUCAUGACAAACAACUACCCAACUUCAUAUAAA